CUCACUGAAUUAUUGGAAGUUUUCCUCAUUGGCUUUGUGUGUUGUUUGUUUGCUUUAAAGCGUAUCCCUCUAUUUUUAACACCCCCCAUCCCCUUUGAAAGUGCCAUGUUUUCCUCAUCCAAACCCUCUUUAUUUUCCCCCUGGACCUCCAUGGAGCAGGCUGAUUCAGACGUCCUGGACAUUAGCACUAAGGUGCAGCUGCAUGGGGUGCUGUGGAAAAGACCCUUUGGAAGACCAUCUGCCAAGUGGUCCCGAAGAUUUUUCAUCAUUAAGGACAGCUUCCUGCUCUAUUAUGCUGAGAGUGAGAAAAAAAACUUUGAGACUAAUAAAUACUUCAAUAUCCAUCCAAAGGGUGUUAUUCCUCUAGGUGGAUGUGUGGUUGAGGCUAAAGAAGACCAAGGCAUGCCUUUUGCCAUGGCUAUCAACCAUGAAGAUUUCACUGGAGAAAUAGUUUUAGCAGCAGAGUCAGAGUCUGAGCAGAGCCAGUGGCUGGAGAUGCUGCAAGAGUCGGGAAAAGUCACUUGGAAGAAUGCUCAGCUAGGAGAGGCUAUGAUUGAGAGUCUGGAGGCUCAGGGACUACAGCUGGCCAAAGAGAAGCAGGAGUACUUGGAUAAACUCAUGGAGGAGACUGAAGAACUGAGCCUACAGAGAGAACAGAAGGCGGAGCUGGAGCGGCUGAACCAGGUGUUGGAGGAGGAGAAGCAGAAGUUUGAGGAGGUGGUGAUUGAGCUCAGAGCAGAGCAGGAGCAGAUCAAACUGGAUCUGGAUGGGACAGCUCAGUCCCUGAAAGGAGUGGAGUCAGAGAAACAGGAGCUUCAUAAUCUCACUGUCCUGCUGCAGAAAUCUCUUGAGGAGCUGUCGAAGGAGAAACAGCACACUCUGGAGCUGCUCAGAGACCGCGGGUUGGCUGGAGCAGAGCUGGGCACUGCUGUUCAGGCUUCUUCUCCAAACUGUCAGCACCCCGAGGCACCAGAGGAGCAGCUGCAGGGCAACCUGCGCCACAUCGAGGAGCAGAUGAGGAGUGUGCUCAGAGAAAAACAGCAGGCUGAAGAGAGGCUGAAGGAGAACGAGCAGCGGGCACAGGUUCUGCAGAAGGAGAGAGAGUUCUACUCCUCUCAGUCUCAGGCCCUGCAGCAAUCCCUCAGCCAGCUCACUGCCGACAAGCAGCAGAUUGAAGGCGAGCUGAAGGCUGAGAUGGAGUCCCGUGCAGAGUUGGAACAGCAGCUGAAGCUGGCUGAGGAGGCCCUGAAGGAUCUGGAGCAGGGUCUGAACUGUAUCGAGCGCAGCCACGAGAGAGACGAGAAGAUGAGAGGAGAUGUCAGCCACCUCCGCAAGUUCUUUGAGGAGUGUAUCUGUGCAGCGGAGAUUGAGGCCAAGCUGCCUGCCAUCAUGAAGAACGCUGUGUAUCUGCAUAAAGCUGCUGCUCGCCGCAUCAAGAGCUGUCGAGUCCAGAGACAUACCUCCAGGCAACACUGGUUGAAACACUCCAAGUCAUUUGUCUGCCCACAUGGCGAGGCUCCCAGCCUGGAGGACCUGAAAGAGACUGCCCGACGUCUGACCUCAGACAGCUGCUUUAGACAGCGCGUCUACACGAUCAUCACCCGCCAAGACACAGUAGAGUCUCAAGAAUGAGAACAGUAUGACAUAUUGACAGGUAGGGGUCCUUAAAAAGGUGAACACCUUUUUGUGGUUCACUUUAGUCCACAAGAGUGUAAAUCCACUGUUGAAACAUGCUCCAAAGAGUAGAGGUUCUACUGAUUGUAGAAUCAGUUACACUGUAAACGGUUAAAGGGGCCAUAUUCUGUGUUUUCAUUUACUCAUUUUUCCCCUGACGUCCAUUUGUAAUGUUUAUGUUAUGAGUAUGUCAUAAUUCAUUUUUGCAUGUCUAUUUUCCAGCCUCUUUGUCCUUUAGAUUUAAACAGACCACUGUAUUUCUGAUUGGCUGGCAUUUAAAACUGAGCUGUGGGAGGGUCUCACUGCUGUAGACUGAAGGGACAGUCGUAUGUAAAUAACAUCAUGGUUGUGAUGUCACCACCUUGAUACAGCCCCAUUUCCAAAAAAGUUGGGAUGCUGUGCA